AUGGCACCGUGGGCGGGUCGAUGGGGUCCAGGAACUUGGGCUGAGCCGCGAACGUGUCGAGGUGGAGUCUCGGGAGCUGCAGAGCCUGCUCCAUGCUGUCUCUCGAGCUGUUUUUGCUGUUGCCGGGACUGGGGCGAAAGUUGCAGUGGCAAGUGCGAACGAAACUUGCCCUUGAUUGUUGCGUCGGCAAUUGAGGGGGGGGGGAAACGGAAAGCCACGGCGCGAGCGAUGGCACGACGGUUGCCUAUUGCCUUUUGCCUUCCUUUAUCUCUGCCGAGUCGCGCGCAACAAGCGGACGAACGGAGUGUAGGAUGCCUCAACCGAGUCACUUGCGCUCCCCGCUGGUGCUGUAGGCUGGCAACACGACCGGACACUCUUUGGAUGGCCUGGCUCUGCGCAGGCAGAGAGACCCACGAUGUGACGCAAUUGGUCCGAACGCAUGGAGCCAGACCGACGAGGUUUUUGACCAAUCGAAGCGAGCGGUGA